GUUAUCAAGUGCGAGUGCCGCGAUCCCUUGGAGGUUGCGGGGCGGAAUCCAGGUGGUCGGACCCGCGACGGGCCCCAAAGACCAGGGCCGAUGGACACCUUCAGCACCAAGAGCCUGGCUCUGCAGGCCCAGAAAAAGCUCCUGAGCAAAGUGGCAUCCAAGGCCACAGUGUCUGUGUUUAUUGACGACACGAGCAGCGAGGUGCUGGAUGAGCUGUACCGCGCCACCAAGGAGUUCACCCGCAGCCGCAAGGAGGCUCAGAAGGUGCUCAAGAACCUGGUCAAGGUGGCUGUGAAGCUGGGCAUCCUGCUCCGUAGUGGCCAGCUCGGCGGGGAGGAGCUGGCGCUCCUGCAGCGCUUCCGCCAGAGGGCGCGCCGCCUGGCCAUGAUGGCCAUCAGUUUCCACCAGGUGGACUUCACCUUUGACAGGCGUGUGCUGGCCACUGCCCUCCUCGAGUGCCGGGACUUGCUGCACCAGGCCGUGGGCCCACACCUGACCGCCAAGUCCCACGGCCGCAUCAACCAUGUCUUUGGCCACUUUGCCAACUGCGACUUCCUGGCCGCGCUCUACGGCCCGGCGGAGCCCUACUGCUCCCACCUGCGCCGGAUCUGUGACGGGCUCACCAGGAUGCUGGACGAGGACAACAUCUGACCCCUGUCUACAGCUUUCUUGCUGGGGGUUGGGGAUUUGUGAGGUGUCUUUUUUUUUUUUUUUUUUUAAAUCACCUCUUUUAUCCCCAGUCUGAUUCUAGCCAAACUCCCUGGACAGAUGGCCCGUCCCCUCUCUGAGGAUGUUAAACCAUUUACAGCAGCAGUUUUAAGGACCCAUGUCACCUCCCCCACCUAAUCUUGCUGGGGAGGGGAAUUCAGCAUGGAAGCCAGCACGGCCUCCCGGGCCAGCAGCCUGCCCACGCACUGCGGGGCUGCUCGGGCCCACCUGUCCUGGACAGCAGUAGCCAGAGGGCACCCCCUGAGUCACUGGAUGUCAUCUGAAGGCUGGUGCUGCCCACUUAAUGUUGUAACCUGGGCUUUUUAAUUUGUUCAGAAAGGAGUCACCCUGCCCUGGCCGGUCUGGCUCAGUUGCAGGUUCGAUUCCCAGUCUGGAUGUGUACAAUCCCGGGUCUAAGCACUUAUGGGAGGCAACUAAUCAAUGUUUCUCCCUCACAUCGAUGUUUCUCUCUCCCUUCCUCUCUCUCUUAAGGCAAGGAAAAAAAAAACCCCACAAUGAGUCAUACUGAACUGGAAGAAAGGAAGUGUUAUGGGGUGAGCAGUGCUGCCCCCCCAAUUCCUUUGUUGAAGUCCUAACCCUCAGUGACCUGAAUUUGGAAGUAGGGUCAUUGCUGACGUAACUAGUUAAGAUGAGCUCACAGUGGAGCACAGUGGGCCCCUUGCCCAGUAUGACUGGUGUGCUUAUAAAAGGGAGAAAUUUGGACACAGAGGAGAAUGCCACGUGAAGGAGGAGGCAGAAACUGGAGGGAUGUGCUAUUAACCAAGGGACACCAAGGAUCACCAGCAACCCCAGCAGCUGGGAGAGGCCUGGAACAGCCUCAGGAAGAACCAGCCUGGCUGACACCUUGAUCUCAGACUUAUGGCCUCCGGAACCAAGUGGAAACAAGUCUUUUAUUUCAGCCGUGCACCCCAGGGAAUGAGCACAGGGAGCCGUGGAGAGGGUUGCGGUGGGUGCUGGUGUAUGGGUGGGGACACCUGGCUUUAGCUGGAAUCCUAGCUCUGACCCCCCCCCCCCGGGGAGGGGUGCCCCACAUAUGGGAUGUGAAGGUAAAGCCAUCCGAGAUGUGUGCAUGUUUUUCAAUGAUCAUUUCAUGUUUGGGAAACAAAUACACUGACAAACAUUUUUCAGACCUCAGAAAGCAAAGCUCAGCAAAUCUUAGCUUUGGGGAUACCCAAAAGAUACCGUGAUUCCUAACUCAGGGCACGGAUGGAUACAUGGGGGAGCAUAUUUGCAAAUUUUGUCAGAAGGGGGCGAUGGUUGCAAAGUGGCUGCAGACCCCUUUGUGUCAGGUUUGGGAAGGUUUUUCUCGGGCACCCAAGGGAGAGGAGGAAUGAUGUCCUGUGACUCUUUUACAGAGCUAGGUCUGGUCUGUUCAGGGCAAAGGUGGCAAACAGGAGGCCUACAGGCCUUAUGAGGCUAGAAGAUGCUUGCCUCCAUCCAGUGUUUGAGCCAUCUGCAAUCAGGUGACAACAUUUAAAACUGGGGACUUGCAUAUACUGAUCUGGAAUUGGAAUUUCAAAAACUCAGCUAGCCUCCAUUGCCUGCUGGUGGGGCUGCAUAAAGCUUGCCCCUCUCUGCUUAGUCGCAGUUCCCAUCACUCCCUUUUGCCUCUCCCUGGCCUGUUGCACUGGCUGAUAAGAUUUUGACCCCAGGUUCAAGUCAGCCUUUUUGUGGUUUGGUUUCUGCUUCCUUGAAUAAACCAAAGCCUUUCACCUGAGAGCCAGCUGUUCCUACCUCCUACUCCACCAUUCUCAGGCUGACUCUCCCUCUUAUCUGUCCAGUCAAGAGAUAUCCCGUCAUAUUCAAAAGCAAAGGUGAAUUUUGAAUGUCCUGGGAAUCCCUACAUGAUUUUUUUUUUAGAUUUUAUUUAUUUACUUUUAGAGAAAGGAGAAGGGAGGGAGGAAGUGAGGGAGAGAAACAUCGAUGUGAGAAACACCAAUUGGUUGCUUCUCACACACCCUCAGCUGGGAACCUGGCCCGCAACCCAGGCAUGUUCCCUGACUGGGCAUCAAACCAGCGACCUUUCAGUUUGCAGGGCAAUGCCCAACCCAGUGGGCCAAACCAGUCACAGCCCAGAUGAAAUUCUUUGCCCUUGGUUCUGCUGACUGAAUUCACCAAUAUGCAUAAUGCCUGUAUUUGUUCCUUGCUGGGCUGUUCAGCCUCUUAACUCUUCAUAAAUUUGGGAUUUAAUUUGGAAAAACCAAAGAGCACUGCAGAAAAAUUUAAAUAAAAGCACAUGUCUUCCAUUGGCAGUAUGUGAAAAUAGUUUGAAUUGCUUGGUGCUGAGUUUUCACCUCUAGGGGUUUUUGCUUUUUAAACAACAAAUUUUUAAAAGUUUCAAUUAGAGUUGACAUACAGUAUUAGUUUCAGGUGUACUGCAUAGGGGUUAGAGAUUUAUGUAACUUAGGAAGUGAUCAUUCUGGUAAGCCUAGUACCCACCUGGCACCGUACAGUUAUUACAAUAUUAUGACUGUAUUCCCUAUGCUGCAUUUUCCAUCCCCGUGACUACGGUGUAACUGCCAAUUUGUGUCUUAAUCCAAUCACCUUUUACA